AUGGUCGAGGAUUCGAAAGUGAGGGAUGCCAAGAAGACAGGAGGUGAAGGUGCAUUGCCAGCAUCAUUGGUACCAAGGGCACCACCUAUUUUAACAUCAAAAGAUAAAAACACACAAAGAAUGAUCGUAGUUCUGUCUAUGGCAUCAUUAGAGACUCAUAAGAUAUCCACCUCUGGUCCAGGUGGUGAUAAAUAUGUGCUAUUGAACUGUGAUGAUCAUCAAGGUCUUUUGAAAAAAAUGGGUAGAGAUAUUAGUGAAGCCAGACCUGAUAUUACACAUCAAUGUCUAUUGACUUUGUUAGAUUCUCCAAUUAACAAGGCAGGGAAAUUACAAGUUUACAUUCAAACGGGCCGCAACGUUUUGGUCGAAGUGAAUCCAACUGUGAGAAUUCCAAGAACUUUUAAGAGAUUUUCAGGAUUAAUGGUACAACUACUCCACAAAUUGUCAAUUAGAUCUGUUAAUUCUGAAGAAAAAUUACUCAAGGUGAUCAAAAACCCAAUUACUGAUCAUUUACCAACUAAAUGUCGUAAAAUUACGUUAUCAUUCGAUGCGCCAGUGACUCGUGUACAGGACUACAUUGAAAAACUGGAUGAUGAUGAAAGCAUAUGUGUAUUCGUAGGUGCUAUGGCAAGAGGUAAAGAUAAUUUUGCAGAUGAAUACGUGGAUGAAAAAAUCGGUGUUUCCAAUUAUCCACUAUCAGCUUCAGUAGCAUGUUCAAAAUUCUGCCAUGGUGCAGAGGACGCCUGGAAUAUCCUAUAG